GAGAAAUAUUUGGAGGUUUUCUCAUCCAUUUUCUCCCUCGUUCGCGCUCUGCGAGAAAACCACCAGGAAGAGUACGACGAGAUCAGCACCAGCUCAUAAUAAUCCGAAUACAACUCGGCGUCGCUUGCUGUUGGCGAAGUUUGUUUCCGUGUAAAGCUCUCUAGGGCUACCAAUUUAUCAAGAUAUGAAAGUUCGCCUGAUAGCAUAUCCAAGUCCAACCCAAUCUUGUUGAAAGGAACCCGAAGAGGGCAAAACCUCCUCCGACUGCGUUCGUGCUCUAUGUCGCCUAGUUCAAUGAGUCUUCUCACUUUUUUGGGAACGGAAGACGUCACAACACAAGAUCCAUGUAUUCUCCUCUUUUCUUCUAUUGGUUUUCUCAGCACGCAAAUGGAGGGUUGCAGACCAAAUUAUGGACUUCCAGAAGUGCGCUCGUUUUAUUGAUGCACCAUCCCUAAGUAUGGUACCGCUGAAAAUUUCCAGCAAGUGGCAUGCGAAGGCUCAGUUUGAAGAACAGGAGAAAGUUUCAGACAAUGCUGUUAUUGCCGAUGUAGAUAUUGACCUUAGAGAAGUUUACUUCUUGAUUUUGCAUUUUUUAUCAGCUGGGCCAUGCCAGCGAACUUUAAGACAAUUGGGGAAAGAACUUUUGGAGCAUGAUCUUCUACCUAGGAGAUAUCAUGCUUGGUAUUCGAGGGAUGGUGCAGUUAGUGGGCAAGAAAAUGAUGAUGGCAUCUCCUUUCCUUCUAGUUAUGAUGAAUUAAUUCAAAGGUAUCCACAUGUUGAAAUGGAUCACUUGGUAAAGCUGUUGAAACAACUGAUACUCAGUGCAGCCCCUUCAUUGGACAGCAUGGGAGGAAGGAGUGCUCCUAGUGCAGUUGAUGUUCCUACACUGCUUGGAGCUGGCUCCUUUUCACUUCUGGGAUCUGACAGGGAGGAAGUAAACAGGCAAUUCAAGCCUCUGCCUCGAUACUUGCGUUGGCCUCACUUGCAGGCUGAUCAGGUGCGUGGGCUACAUCUUAGAGAAAUAGGAGGUGGUUUCCAGAAACACCAUCGUUCUCCAUCAAUUCACUAUGCCUGUUACACUGUUGCUAAACCCUCGACAAUGGUGCAAAAGAUGCAAAACAUAAAGAAGAUAAGGGGACACCGUUCUGCUGUAUAUUGUGCAAUCUUUGAUCGCUCAGGGAGAUAUGUAAUUACUGGAUCGGAUGACCGUUUAGUCAAGAUUUGGUCAAUGGAGACUGCAUUUUGCCUAGCCAGCUGCCGAGGACAUGAAGGCGACAUUACUGACUUGGCUGUGAGUUCAAACAACGCUUUGGUGGCAUCUGCUUCAAAUGACUACAGUAUUCGAGUUUGGCGCUUGCCAGAUGGACUUCCCAUUUCAGUUUUGCGUGGUCAUGUAGGAGCGGUAACUGCUAUUGCUUUCAGUCCCAGGCCCAGCUCUGUCUACCAGCUUCUCUCGUCAUCAGAUGAUGGAACUUGUCGGAUCUGGGAUGCUAGAUACUCCCAAUGCAGUCCACGAGUUUACCUUCCAAAGCCAACAGAUGGAAAAAAUAGUGGUUCCUCCUCAAGCAAUGGUGUGCCAUGCCAUCAAAUACUAUGUUGCACUUACAAUGCUAGUGGAACCGUCUUUGUUACGGGUAGUUCUGACACUUUUGCGAGGGUUUGGAAUGCUUGUAAGUCUAAUACAGAGGGGUCAGAGCAACCAAACCAUGAAAUUGAUGUAUUAGCUGGUCAUGAGAAUGAUGUCAAUUAUGUGCAGUUCAGUGGCUGUGCUGUAGCUCCAAGAUCUUCAUCACCUGACUUUUUGCCUGAUGAUAGCAAACAAAAAUUUAAGAACUCUUGGUUCAAUCAUGAUAAUAUAGUUACAUGCUCCCGUGAUGGCAGUGCAAUUAUUUGGGUUGCAAGGUCACGUAAAUCUCAUGGAAAAGCUGUACGCUGGACACGGGCUUAUCAUCUGAAAGUUCCUCCUCCACCUAUGCCGCCUCAGCCUCCUCGAGGAGGCCCUCGUCAGAGAUUUCUUCCAACUCCUCGGGGUGUUAACAUGAUUGUGUGGAGUCUGGACAAUCGCUUUGUGCUUGCUGCCAUCAUGGAUUGCAGAAUCUGUGUUUGGAAUGCUAGUGAUGGUAGCUUGGUACAUUCCUUGACUGGUCACACUCAAUCUACUUAUGUUUUGGACGUUCAUCCUUUCAACCCCCGGAUUGCCAUGAGUGCUGGUUAUGAUGGGAAAACAAUAAUAUGGGAUAUCUGGGAAGGUAUGCCUAUCCGGGUAUAUGAAAUUGGACGCUUUAAGUUGGUGGAUGGAAAGUUUUCUCAGGAUGGAACAUCCAUUGUACUUUCAGAUGAUGCUGGACAAAUUUAUCUUCUAAACACUGGCCAAGGUGAAUCACAGAAGGAUGCCAAAUAUGAUCAGUUUUUUCUAGGUGAUUAUCGCCCCCUCAUCCAAGACACUCAUGGCAAUGUAAUAGAUCAGGAGACACAACUUGUUCCAUACAGAAGGAAUAUUCAAGAUGCCCUUUGUGAUUCAAGUAUGAUACCAUAUCCAGAACCUUAUCAGAGUAGGUAUCAGAGACGGCGACUUGGUGCACUGGGUAUUGAGUGGCGUCCGUCUUCGGUAAAAUUUGCUAUUGGCACAGAUAUUGGCCUGGGCCAAGAAAUUUUACCUUUAGCAGACUUGGAUGUAGUGAUUGAUCCACUACCAGAGUUCAUAGACGCUAUGUACUGGGAGCCAGAGAAUGAAGUUAUAAAUGAUGACACUGAUUCGGAGUACAAUGUUACCGAGGAAUAUUCCAGUGAGGCAGAGGAGGGAAGUUUUGAUUCCAUCUCUCCUAGUGAUCCGGAGUGCAGUGAUGAAGACAAUAUGGUUGACAAAGGUCAUAAAGAUGGCCUCCGCAGAUCAAAAAGAAGAAAACCCAAGUCAGAAGUCAAGUUGACGACAUCUUCUGGGAGGUGUAUAAAGAGGAGGAAUCUGGAUGGGCAUGAUAAUACUCCAUCUAGGACUAAAAGGGUUAAGAAACACAGGAACAGCAGGGCAACUUCCAAGAGGAAAACUAUUAAGGCAAAAUCAUCAAGACCUCAAAGAGUUGCUGCUCGUAAUGCACUAAAUCUUUUCUAUCACAUAGAAUCUUCUACGAAUGAAGAAGAAAGUGUCUCAGGAGAUGAUUCAUCAGGAACUGAAACAGCACUGCAAGAUUCAGAUAUGCAGAGCAAUGAGCCUGAGUGCAACUUGCAGAAAGAUCUGAAAGCUGAUCAAACAUCCUCACAUGGGCUUAAAGAUGUAAUCAAGCAUCCUGAACCAAGGAAACUGGUGGUGAGGUUUUCACUCCGUGAUUCUAAGAAGUCUGUUACUUCAGGAAAGACCAGACUUCAGAAUGGCAGUCAGGUUGAUUUGGCAGCUUCAUCAUCUUCACCUACUCUACAAACCCCAAAAGAAGAUUGGGUCAAUUUGACAUCUGAGGAUCCUGGGUCAUCAUCUGCAAAUGCUACCAAUUCAGAAGAGCUGUCUGGAUACUGCAACAGAACUGAACUGAGCGAUAGGGCACCUCCAAAGGUUGAGAAUCACUUGGAAACAUCUAUAGGAUACAAGGAAAGUAAAAUCAGAUGGGGGGAGGUCAAGGUACGAACAUCCAAGCAGAUGAAACCAGGAGAUCUUGUGCAACCUGAUGCAUCUAUUGGGUCAAGUGGAAACUUCGUUUCCCAUGAUGGAAACCGGAAUGAGUUUGCCAAUUUUCUUAAAUUUCAGAAUCAGUAUGGAUUUUCCUUCCCCAGUUCUCAAGUCCAAAGUUAUGGAAGAGGCAAGCUGUUGAAUGGAGAUUGCAGGGAUGAGGAACGGCCUGAAACAGGUGUAUUAGAGAACAUGGACUGUUCAGAAAUUACGGGACUUUCUACUGAAGAUGUGAAUAGAUCUUUAUCAUGUGAUCCUAUAGUCCCAAGUGACCACCAUCAAGCCAGCAGAAAUAUCUGCCAUUUGGGUGAUAGAGACCUCAUAAAUGAAUGCAGAGGUUCUUCCGGAGCUGAUGCGUGCAGACAUCAUGAUUUGGUUGGUGUCACUAACCACUCUGAUGAAUUGAAAGGCAACCCACCUCCCAAGCCAACAAAGAUAAGGAUUAAAUCAAAGAUUUUCAAGGAUCCUGACAGCCCUUCCCAACUAAAGCUUGUUCACCCAGUUGAUAAGCCAACUAGUGCUGGAGGUGAUUUAAUGUCUAAAAGAUCACAAUUCACAGAACGCAAUCUGAUUUCAGGAGUAUCGAAAGAGGAUGAAGGUUGUGACCUACCAAGUUCAGUGCUGCCAUAUUGUUCUGAUUCUAAGGGAAAAUUGGGUGAUGUUGGUUGCAGAAGGGCAAAAUCAAAUUUGUCUAGAAGCAUUUCAGAGGCAGAAGCCUGCAGUAUAGAUCUGGAGGAGAAUGGCCAUAAUUUUGAUACGGGAGUUGAGUUUCCUGAAGCUGCAACUAAUGCUACUCGCCGAACCAGAUCCAUGGGAUUGAAGGCAACUUCCCGAGAGAUGGAUGCAGUGGACCAUAACUGUGCUGAUAAAUUCUCAAAGAAGAAAUUCAAUCAACAGCCUUCUGAAGGUUGGAUGACAAAUUCAAAACUGAUGACCAGAUCCAGGUCUACUAGAAACAAGGGGGGUGCUCGUUAUGAUAAUGAUGAAUGUUCAUCAGCUGGAAGGAAAUCUCAUAUUCAUCAAAAAGCAUCUAACUGGCUAACUCUACCACAGCAGGAGGAUGGUUAUCGUUAUAUCCCUCAGCUAGCUGAUGAAGUUGUAUACUUGAGACAGGGUCAUCAGGAAUAUUUAGAAUCAAGUCCCUUGUCAGAAGUAGGUCCUUGGGAAUCAAUUAAAGGAAGAAUUAGAGCGGUGGAGUUUUGCUCAGUUGAAAGCCUUGAUUAUGCCAUACUUCCUGGAUCUGGAGACAGCUGUUGUAAAAUCACACUCAAGUUUACUGAUCAUUCUUCUAGUGUGUUGGGCGAAGUGUUUAAAUUCACCUUGCCUGAACUGAAUGAUUUUCCUGAUUUUGUGGUUGAGAGAACACGGUAUGAUGCUGCUAUUAGGAGAAAUUGGACCUGUAGGGAUAGAUGCCUAGUAUGGUGGAGGGAUGAAAGUGAACUAGGUGGAAGUUGGUGGGGAGGUCGGAUUCUUUCUUCAAAGGAUAAGUCUAAUGAGUUCCCUGGCAGCCCAUGGGAAAGGUAUGCUGUUCUGUACAAGGGUGAUACAACCAAUAUACAACAACAUUCCCCUUGGGAACUACAUGAUCCGGAAAGUCCAUGGGAGCACCCCCGUAUUGACAAUGAAAGUAGAGAUAAGCUGCUAUCUUCCUUGGAUCACUUGCAGCGGUCUGCCAGAAAUCAGGAUCCUUAUGGAAUCCGAAGACUCAACCAGAUUGCUCUGAAGCCAGAAUUCAUAAAUAGAGUUCCAGCCCCGCUGUCUCCUGGUUUAAUUGAGUUGAGGUUGAAGAAGAAGUACUACCGGAGCUUGAAAGCAGUGAAGCAUGACUUAAUGGUUAUGAUGGCAAAUGCCCAAGAUUAUUUGGGUGCAGACAAGAGAAAGCGCCUAUCCGACUGGGUUAGUAAGAGAUUGUGAAAACUCAUGGUUUACUGGAGAGAUUUUAGUGGGCGAUUUCGCAAUUAAUGUCUGAUGGAAUGAUCCAAUUUUGAGGAAUCAAAUCCUUUUCAUUUAUACAGCACCCAAAAAAGAAGAAUCCUUUUUUUAAUUUUAUUUUAUUUUCGCUUGAAAAGCUCAAGUCAAGGGAGGAUUUAUAGUUUCUACUGUACAGGUGAUAAUUCAUUUUCUCUUAAACUACAAAAAUAGAAACAAUUCAAAAGGAAAAUUGGAAAAUUAGAGCCUA